GUGGAAGGUACAUUUGAAAACAUUGGUCAAUUACCAAUAAUUACAAUCAAUGAGACUCUGUCCAAAAACACAAUCAAUAUCACUGGUGGGCCAGCCUCGCCGUAUCGAUAUCGAUUACACCAGAUCUCCAUGCAUUUUGGUCAACCAGACGGUGAGCGAGGGUCCGAACAUACGGUGGAUCGCGUAAGGAUUCCCGGCCGAGCGUACAAUGUAGAUUUGUAUACAAAUUAUAGCCAAGCUGUUACACAGCCACGAGGACUUCUAGCUGUUUCCGUAAUCAUCGAUAUCGGAUCAGUAACCGAAGUUGCACUGCGACGUUUGACGGUGGCGUCCCAAAGCAUCACUUACAAAGGUAUGCGAACAACUCUACGUCAACUCCAUCCUGCUGGAUUGUUACCGCGAACUCAUCACUACGUCACGUACGAGGGUUCGUUGACGAUUCCUGGAUGUCACGAAACGGUCACGUGGAUCAUUAUGAAUAAUCCCAUCUACAUAACAAGAGAAGAUCUUCAAAUAUGGAAUGAACUGCAGAAGACGGAGAGUAAGCAAGCAGAUCCUGCCUAUAUGACUCCGGCUUAUCGACCUCUCAAAGCCCUGAAUGGACGGUUAUUGCGAACGAAUAUCAACGUUAACUAUAGG